GCAGCGUGGAUGAAUUCCAUCUUUCCGCUGACGAACCGCAUGUGUUGUGUCCCCUCGUAUUUGAUUCAGCUCCUUCUCAUCCAGGCAGCUUGCAAUCUUCUUCCCGGUCCUCAAGCCACCUUGCCCAGUCGGCCCUUUAUGACUUUGGCACAGACGGACUGCGUUUCUUUCCCAUACUCCAAGGCUUAGAACGGGCCACCAGCCGCCCCAAAGAUGACGCGGCACCAAUAGCCUGGAUUUGCCUAGGCUUCACACCCGAGAACUCAAUCUCUAGGUAUUCUCUUUAGAGCAUUGCGGCCAAGCAGUGCUACCUCAGGAAUGACGCCAACCAGCCCAGCUUGGCGGCCUCGUGCUGUGGCUGAAGCCGCCAGGCCUCCCGAGCACAUUUGACGCCAGGCAGGCUACCCGCCGCCCUUCGUCAAUUCCAUCGCGGUCCGUGCCGCGCUUCUCGGCGCUACGCCUCUCCACAAAGCUUCAUAUAGCGUGCGACCACGGAAGGAGGCAGGCGAGCUGCUGGCUUCCACAUCAUGGCCGUCCGAGCCUGAAUCCUGGCUAGCGUCAGGGAGCAUUUGCCCGAGGAUGGCUCGGGUGUCGUGGUAGUUAAAAGCAGAGAAGGCUGCCCCGAGAACCCAUGCCUUUUUGACACGACUCCAGGUUCGAGUUCAAGCCCAACGACGCCGUCGAGGGAAAGUUGGAAGAUCGGUUGCUAGGCUUGUUCCAGACAGUCCGCAAACCCGUGCUGGAAUCCAUCAUCCCUUUACUUUCCAGCGAUAGCAAAACGGGCCUUUGGCCGCGAUGGGACAGCAAGGAGGCUCGCCGAUCCUGGCGCUGGUGCUGUUGCUCGCCUUGUCAUAUAGCGCCGCAGCCGACAGGCCGGUCGUCAACGACACAGAGUGUGGCUGCUUCAUGACCAACGCCUCGAACUCGGCGUUUUUCUCGAAGCACCGGUUCUACGACUUCAGGUCGCUUUCACAGUAUGCGACCGAUCCGCCCGCCCUCGUUAACGACUCGGCUGGCGCAGCGUCUGCUCCGACGACGAGCGACUUCUUCAAGACAAAGCCCUUUGCCGACGACUGGGCCAUGAUGUCUUGGAACAACAGCGACUCUGUCGGCGGGGAAGCCGCCUACCUGUUGGUAAACUCGCCGUCGAAUAUCUACAUCGAACGCAAUUCGGAUUCAGGGGCGUCGUAUUCAGACACGUAUCUGACUAUGCGCACGGCGAGGCUCAGCGGCUUCCAGGCUGCAUCCGAGCUGGAGUCGGUGUCUCCCAACUACCGCUUCGUGUCGGUGCGCAUGCUGGCACGCACUUUGGGCGACCCUGGGGCCUGUACUGCCAUCUUCACCUAUCGUGGCAACCGCCACGUUGAGCGAGUGCAAGAGGCCGACAUUGAGGUCUUAACCAAGGACCCGAACACCUACAUCCAGUAUACCAACCAGCCGUCCUUUACCACUAACGGCAACUCUGUUGAUGGCGCAUCACUCAACGCCACCGUGCCCACCCCCUGGACCGAGUGGGCCGUUCACCGCCUCGACUGGACCCCAAGCAAGAGUACCUGGUUCGUCAACGGCGUGCAGGUGGCUUCGCUCAGCUUCCAGGUGCCGCGGGACGCCAGCCACGUCAACCUCAACGCGUGGAGCAAUGGCGGGGUGUGGACGGGGCCCAUGGAGGUCGGCAAGGAGGCACGCAUGCAGAUCAAGUGGCUGGAGAUGGUGUUUAACUCAUCGUCGGACUACGGUGUCGGGGACUCGAAGCUUGUGCAGAAACUCGACUCGGUCAGCUCUCUGACGGGCGCGGCAGUGAAGGGACUCAGCAGCGAUGGAAAGAGCUGCAAGACUGUGUGCAGCAUCGACGAGACCAACCAGAGGGGAUUGGCCAUUGUGCUUUCCAGUUCCGGCAGCGGCCCCUAUUAUCGCAAGGCUGCGUGGCAAAGCGGCAACGGUGCUGAGUCUACUGUUUGGAUCCCACUGCUGAUGACGCUGUUGGCCAUUGCAUCGACACUGCCUUUUGCGCUGGCUUGACGUGCGUCGGUGAAAAAGACGCAGGCUUUCACUCUUUUCGCGCAUGGCAGGGUUCCACAUGGCAGGGUGCUCAGGGAGGAUAGACGUAACAUUACAUUCAUUCUUGUAUCAAAUGUCAUUUCGGGGAAAGAAGCUCAGCUACCUGCUACCUAUGUUGGGAUCCCGCCGGCGAUUCCGGUCAGCAGGUAGAGAGACUAGGCGGUUGAUCUGAAAGAUUACCCAGUGUGCGGCAACACAAAAUCCCUCGGCUCUCCAUGGCCUUCUCCUUUUUUUUUCUGGUGAGGCUUACCGGAGAUGUCUGUCAGAUAUUAUGUUGUCGUCACAAAUCAGAAAUGUGAUGCUUUGUUCAUGGGCUACCUAAUCGGCCAAGCCUUCCAUUCCCAAUGGGGCACUUGGCCGCCCGGC